UUGAGCGAGCCUCCAUGCUGGUGAUCCUGCUGAACUGUGUCACCCUGGGGAUGUUCCAACCCUGUGAGGACCACACCUGUGAGUCAGAACGAUGCAAGAUCCUGGAGGAUUUUGAUGACUUUAUCUUUGCGUUCUUCGCGGUGGAGAUGGUCAUCAAGAUGGUGGCGCUGGGCAUCUUCGGCAAGAAAUGUUAUCUAGGAGACACCUGGAACAGACUCGACUUCUUCAUCGUGCUGGCCGGGAUGCUGGAGUAUUCUCUGAACCUGCAGAAUGUCAGUUUCUCGGCAGUGAGAACAGUUCGAGUUCUGAGACCCCUCCGAGCCAUCAACAGAGUGCCUAGUAUGCGUAUCCUGGUGACCCUGCUCUUGGACACCCUGCCCAUGCUGGGGAACGUCCUGCUGCUCUGUUUCUUCGUCUUCUUCAUCUUCGGCAUCGUGGGUGUUCAGCUGUGGGCGGGGCUACUGAGGAACCGCUGCUUCCUGCCCGAGAACUUCUCACUUCCUCUGUCCAUUGAACUAGAGACCUACUACCACACAGAGAACGAUGACGAGAGUCCCUUCAUCUGCUCCAUGCCCAGGGAGAACGGCAUGCGUCUGUGUUCCUCUGUGCCCAUCUUGUAUGAGGAGGGAGGUCUCCAAUGUCAGAUGGACAUGAAGUCCUACAACAGCACAGACAACACCACCUGUAUCAACUGGAACCAGUACUACAGUAACUGCUCGGCGGGACACGUCAACCCCUUCAAAGGAGCCAUCAACUUUGAUAACAUCUGCUACGCCUGGAUCGCCAUCUUUCAGGUGAUCACUCUGGAGGGAUGGGUGGACAUCAUGUACUUUGUGAUGGAUUCUCACUCCUUCUACAACUUCAUCUACUUCAUCCUCCUCAUCAUCAUUGGCUCUUUCUUCAUGAUCAACCUGUGUCUGGUCGUCAUCGCCACCCAGUUCAGUGAGACCAAGCAGAGGGAGAGCCAGCUGAUGAGGGAACAGCGCAUCCGUUUCCUGUCCAAUGCUAGUACCCUGGCCUCCUUCUCUGAGCCGGGCUCCUGCUACGACGAGCUGCUCAAACUCCUGGUCCACGUCAUCCACAAGAGGUUCAGGCAGGUGGCCCAUGUCUGCCGGGCCAUGAUGCGCCGUGCUGGGAUGAACAUCGCAGCCUCUCCUCCUGCCCUGGAGAGAGAGAGGGAACGGGGGAGCCAGAGAAAGAGUAGGAAGACUUCGGGACAGGGUUCUGUGGUCUCCACAAAAGGGGCUAUGUCUGUUCAUUACUUGGUUCACCAACAUCACCAUCAUCAUUAUCACUAUCACUUAGUGAACGGGAGUGUGAGAGGAAGACUAGGGGGGAGAGGGGUGGCGGGGGUCGGGGGAGGAGGGGGUGAAGUGGAGAUGGGUUCCCAUAGCAACAACGGGGGCACUGGACGUCUCAUGCUGGGUCCUCUUCCGUUCCCGACCUCUGACCUGAACUUGGCAAACCCGGUGUCACCGGCCAAUCCCGCUCUGGGAACCGGCAGUGGCAACUCGUCAUCAGUGCGGAGUACGUUACACACAGACUGCCACCUGGAGCCCAGCACCCCCACACUCCUCGCCCCCACCCCCUUCUCCCUGGCCCCUACGCCCAUGUCCAGGCCUAUGAAGAGGAACUCGGUGCCGUUCGCUGGUCCCAGACCUAAAAACUACCCCACCCUACAGCCCAGCACGCUAAUGGAGUUUAGAAGUGGCAGUGUUACAGCUAAUACCAUUAGUAAUAUAAACCUCAAUAUACCCUCUCUACCCCUGGAGAGAGGACCACCGAGUGUGUUAGACGCACACACACCCACAGCCCAGCUCUCACCACAUGACCCGAGUGCCAUCGGAACCCUGGACCCCUCGUUCACCUUUGACCCUGAGUCGUGCCCCUACUGUGUCAAGGCUCUGUCCGGGGAGUCAGAAGGCACAGACGGAAACGAGACCCCCGGGGAAUCAGACAGCGAGGGCGUCUACGAGUUCACCCUGGACCUCCACCACAGGGACCGCAGGGACCGUCGGGACAGCCGUCAGCCCAGGAAGAGGCAGCGAAAGCUGGGUACCACGGUGGGGAGAGUGGUCCGGGCCUGGAGGCUGGUGUGUGAUACAUUUAGGAAGAUAGUGGACAGCAAGUAUUUUGGAAGAGGAAUCAUGAUCGCCAUUCUGAUUAAUACACUGAGUAUGGGGAUUGAGUAUCACGAACAGCCGGAUGAGCUGACCAAUGCUUUGGAGAUCAGUAACAUAGUGUUCACCAGUCUAUUUGCCUUGGAGAUGUUACUCAAGGUGCUGGUGUAUGGCCCGUUUGGUUACAUCAAAAACCCUUACAACAUCUUCGACGGAGUCAUAGUGGUCAUCAGUGUAUGGGAGAUCGUGGGCCAGCAGGGCGGUGGUCUGUCUGUGUUGCGUACCUUCAGACUGAUGCGCGUGUUGAAGCUGGUGCGCUUCAUGCCUGCUCUGCAGAGGCAGCUGGUGGUGCUGAUGAAGACCAUGGACAACGUGGCCACCUUCUGUAUGCUACUCAUGCUCUUCAUCUUCAUCUUCAGUAUAUUGGGCAUGCAUCUGUUUGGCUGUAAGUUUGGAUCAGAGAGAGAUGGAGACACUCUACCAGAUAGGAAGAACUUUGACACUCUGCUCUGGGCCAUCGUCACCGUGUUUCAGAUCCUAACUCAGGAGGACUGGAACAAGGUUCUCUAUAAUGGUAUGGCCUCCACCACUCCUGUGGCCGCUCUCUACUUCAUCGCCCUCAUGACCUUUGGGAACUACGUCCUCUUCAACCUUCUGGUGGCCAUUUUGGUCGAGGGCUUCCAGACUGAGGGAGAAGACUCCAACUCAGUGUCAGAGGCUGAUUUAUCAUCGAGGAGUAUGGAGGACAUGAACGGCAGUGGAAAGGAUGCGUCUGGCUCCCCGGUCCCUAUAAAUGGUCAUGUUGACCUGAAGACCAGUCUGACCCCUCCUCUGAUCACCCACACUGCUGCCACCCCCAUGCCCGUUCCCAAGCUGCCCACCGUGAUUGACCCUGCUCUGGGCUAUGAGUCCCGACACGGCAGCAGCAUCUCCAUGGACCUAGCCUGCUACGACAAGUCUCCGACCAGUGCCCGUAGCACCUCCCCUUACGCCCCGUGGAGCUCCGCCUCUGGCUGGACCAGCCGUAGAUCAAGCUGGAACAGCGUAGGCCGUGCUCCUUCGCUCAAACGAACAAAGCGUCAGUCUGGCGAACGACGGUCGCUCCUCUCCGGAGAGGGUGGGUCCAGUUCGGAGGAUGAUGAGGGGGGAGGAGGGGGGACAUCGGAGGGAGAUGAUGUGUCCCUGUGUCGUACCGACUCCAUGUCCCAGUCCCAACAUCAACACAGGAGGAUGGAGUCUGUGGAGACCAGGGGGUCCAUAGACCUGGCCCCUGACAUACUACUACAGGUACCCUUCCUGUAUCGCUCAGCCAGUAUACACAGCUCCAGACCCCCCUCGCUAGGAGGCCUGAGAGCCCCAGAACGCAGUGACUGCAACGGGAAAGGCACUCCGGCCCCUGGGGGGGCCCUGGCCCAGACACAGCUCUCCCUCGAGGACAACACAGAGGACGAAGCGGCAGAGGAGGAGGUUGUGGGUCGUGUCGCCAGGCUGUCACGCUGGCUGGAGAGGAGACAGCCAGAGUGGUGUCGAAAGAGAGAUACCUGGUCCCUGUACAUAUUGCCCCCGGACUCCAGGUUUCGAAUGGCGUGCAACAAGAUAAUAUCCCACAAGAUGUUUGACCACGUCGUUCUGGUCAUCAUCUUCCUCAACUGCAUCACCAUCGCCAUGGAGAGGCCUAGAAUAGAGGCCUAUAGCGUGGAGCGCAUCUUCCUCACAUUAUCCAACUACAUAUUCACAGCGAUCUUUGUGGCAGAGAUGACAGUAAAGGUGGCUGCGCUGGGAUGGUUGUUUGGUGAUAAGGCCUACCUGAGGAGUAGCUGGAACCUUCUAGACGGGUUGCUGGUGAUGAUCUCAGCCAUAGACAUCCUUGUCUCAUUGGUGUCCAACAGCAGCCCCAAGAUACUGGGUAUGCUCCGGGUGCUGCGCCUGCUGCGGACACUCAGGCCACUACGUGUGAUAAGCAGGGCCCCAGGUCUGAAGCUGGUAGUGGAGACUCUGAUGUCGUCUCUAAAGCCCAUAGGAAACAUUGUGGUCAUCUGCUGUGCCUUUUUCAUCAUCUUUGGUAUCCUGGGAGUACAGCUCUUCAAGGGGAAGUUCUUUGCGUGUCAGGGAGAGGACGUGAGAAACGUCACUAACAAGUCAGACUGUAUGAUGGCCAACUACAAGUGGGUCAGACAGCAGUACAACUUUGACAACCUGGCACAGGCUCUGAUGUCUCUGUUCGUUCUGGCCUCUAAGGAUGGUUGGGUUGAUAUCAUGUAUGAUGGAUUAGAUGCAGUGGGAGUCAACCAACAGCCGCAGCUGAACCACAACCCCUGGAUGCUCCUCUACUUCAUCUCCUUCCUGCUCAUCGUCAGCUUCUUCGUGCUCAACAUGUUCGUGGGCGUGGUGGUGGAGAACUUCCACAAGUGUCGUCGCAGCCAGGAGGCCGAGGAGGCCAAGCGCAGGGAGGAGAAGAGACUGAAACGGAUGGAGAAAAAGAGACGGAAAGCUCAGAGUAAGCCUUACUACUCGGAUUACUCCCCCACACGUCUCCUCGUCCACAACAUGUGUACCUCCCAGUAUCUGGAUCUCUUCAUUACCGUCGUCAUCGGACUCAACGUCAUCACUAUGGCGAUGGAACACUACCAGCAGCCCAAGGAGUUGGACGAGGCGCUGAAGAUCUGUAACUACAUUUUCACCCUCGUCUUCGUCCUGGAAUCUGUCUUCAAGCUGGUGGCCUUCGGCUUCCGACGCUUCUUCAAGGACAGGUGGAACCAGCUGGAUCUGGCCAUAGUGUUGCUGUCCAUCAUGGGCAUCACUCUGGAGGAGAUUGAGGUUAACGCAUCCCUGCCCAUCAACCCUACUAUCAUCAGGAUCAUGAGAGUACUGAGGAUAGCAAGAGUCCUGAAGCUACUGAAGAUGGCAGUGGGGAUGAGAGCGUUGCUGGACACGGUCAUGCAGGCCCUGCCUCAGGUGGGGAAUCUGGGUCUUCUCUUCAUGCUGCUCUUCUUUAUCUUUGCAGCACUGGGAGUUGAAUUGUUUGGUGACCUCAUUUGUGAUGAGCUGCACCCGUGUGAGGGUUUGGGACGCUAUGCUACGUUCAAGAACUUUGGCAUGGCCUUCCUACUGCUGUUCAGAGUUUCCACAGGAGACAACUGGAACGGCAUUAUGAAGGACACCCUGAGAGACUGUCAACAGGAGAAUGCAGGCACCUGUUACAACACGGUGGUCUCCCCCAUCUACUUCGUCUCCUUUGUGUUGACAGCCCAGUUUGUCCUGGUCAACGUGGUCAUAGCCGUCCUCAUGAAGCACCUGGAGGAGAGCAACAAAGAGGCCAAGGAGGAGGCAGAGCUGGAGGCUGAACUACAGCUGGAGCUCCAGCAUGGAGGAGGGGGAGGCAGUGGGAGAUCACCCCAGCUAAGCCCUCUGGACUUGGGCAUGGAGGUGGGCGGACCUGGUUUCCCCCCCUGGAGGUCUCCAGAGAGGAUCCAGAGGAGGGCCAGGGUGAUGGUGGAUUCUCCCCAAGCAGAUAUCACCUCAAGAGGCCUCAGCUCUGAUCCCCUGCUAGUCCUGGAGCCACCACUAGAGAUGGAGUUACUCGAUCCUGGGGAGUCGUUGGAGGACAACCUGCUAAGAGUACGGAAGUCAACGGUGGGCCGCACCCACUCCCUACCCAAUGACAGCUAUAUGUUCCUGUCUCUGGAGCCCUUUGGGUCCCCAGGAGCCAGCCUGGCCCCUAGUUUAGCCUCACAGACACAGACUACAGAACCACAGCACAUACGGACCAUCAACAAGGCCCUGUCAGGCUCAUGUACCUCGCUACGGACCCAACCAGACGACAGACCCAGCAGUCCUCACAGUCUUUCAGACUCCCAGAGAAUACACACACUCCCAGAGUAUACACACACUCCCAGAGUAUACACACACUCCCAGAGUAUACACACACUCCCAGAGUAUACACACACUCCCAGAGUAUACACACAUUCCCAGAGUAUACACACACUCCCAGAGAAUACACACACUCCCAGAAGUAUACACACACUCAGCCGCACGCUCCGCAGACAGGUAUCUAAUGACUCCCAGGAGGUCCUGUGUUCUGAUGGAGGUGAGGAGGUAGUCCUCCAUGUUGCUUCCCUCUCCUCCUCCUCUUCCUUGCCCUCCCAUCUUCAUCAGCAGCCUGCUCUCCAGUUGGUCCCUGCCACCCCAGGGGCAUCCCCUCAACCGUCGCGCCCCAGGAGUGUCCACACCCAGCACCCCUCUUCCCACUCCUUACCCCCUCCUCCCCUUCGUCCCACUCGCCCCUGGAGACAGGAAGAGGCCUCGGCUGAUCAGGAAGUGUCGCUCAUCACCAGGGCGGGGCUGGCGGGGAUUGACGAUGUCAUCGGGGUUGGACUGGGGUGAGAGGACGGAGGUCUUGAGGGCAGUUACAAAGGUUACUGGGUUGGUCGUGGUGGGGGGCAAUUGAAGAGGUUCCACAGUGCUGACACCCAGGGGCGGAGCGUCCUUGCGCCCCGGUCACGCCCCCUGUCCUGGUUGGACGAUCCUCGUCGCCACUCAGUGGAGGUGUGUUCGUCUGUAGAGUCCAGCCCCCAGUGCAGCACCACGUCCUUGGGGUUCGUCUCCCGAGCAGACAGCCUCCAGAUGCAUUCCCAGACCACCACCCUGCCCUCUCCCCGACGCCAGAAAAAAAUUAGCCCCCCGUGUAUCUGCUUAGACCCCCCUGAUGGACUGGAGCCCCAGUCCGGCCUCCACCCUGCCCCGGGCAGGGGGGGGCUGGGGAUGCCCCAUCCCUUACAUGGCCGGGAUACCUCCUGUCUAAGGAGACGGGCUCCCUCCAGUGACUCCAAGGACUCCUUUGACCUGGGGGUAGGGUAGGGCCUGGGGCUUGGGCUGUGCCAGGAGGGAGGUGGGUCCAACAAUCCCAAACUGUUGACUCUGCUGAGCUUCUCCUUCGUGAAAACAAGCUCUGAGCACUGAACACUGACACAAACACUGAUGUAAACACAAACACUUAUGUACACACACACACAGAAAGGAACAAUACACACAUGCACAUAGGCAAACAGCCACACAUCCAAACACACGAUGCACUUGGUAUCCGUGAUGAUGGUAGUCCUAGUAAUAAUGCCGUAGAGAGUAAAUAUGGUAAAACUACAACAAAGCGGUCAAAACAACCUUGUUUUUUUUUAAGAUCAGUGCGGUACAGUCGUAGUUUGACCAUUCCUUGUCUUUCCAAAACAACAAGAACGCAACAAUAACACAGCAUAAACAGAGAAACAAGAUGACUGAUUCUCUUCCACCAUGAACUGCAAGCCAUUGGCUGCCGGUUGACCCCAUGACCUCUGGAGUGAUGUCAGCACCAAGGACUUUGGAUAGCAACCCCUGUGGCCGCUAUAGGUACUGCUCGGGGUUAGUGGGACUUCGCCAUCACACGGGCAACAGUGGAGGUACAAAGCAAUAUGAACGUUUUUGAGACUAUUUUUCUUAAAUUAUUGGGCCAUAGUGUUUGUACAGAUGUAUAAUUGUUUUAUGUCAUUAUAUUUUGACUUUGGUGUACUUUUUGUGAUGGGUUAACUCCCUGUUUGUUUCAAUGUUCAAAAUACUUGUUGGUUUGGUCCGUUUUGUUCUAUUUUUUCACCAUAGAGAUAUUUUGUAGCUUUCUUAAUUUGCUGAAAGAAAGUGAAUUAUGUGCUGAGAAUCAUGUAUUUGAAGGAAUAUAUAUAUACAUACAUGUACAGUGCCUUCGGAGAGUAUUCAGACCCCUUGACAUUUUCCACGUUUUGUUACU